CUUCAGUGUUUGACAUGUGUCGUAGUCCAUGCACAUGCCCACUUCUUUUUAGUAAGACCAGACCCACGAGUUCCGUCUUCUUCACUUGCCGCUUCUUAGUUAUUAUCAGACGGAAUUUGGAGAAAUUAAGAAAGAGAAUCAGUUUGUUCAAUGGAGAAGGCAGUCCAUUUGUCCACUAAAGCUGGACCGGCGGUUCCAGGAGAGCCGACGAAGACCGGAACCUCCAUGGUUGACACCGCCGCUGCAGCCGUACAAAGCUUCGCUCCUGUUAACCAAAUCCACCAACAUCUCUGCGCGUUUCAUUUUUAUGCGUAUGACAUGACCCGACAAGUGGAGGCACACCAUUUCUGCGGUCACAUCAACGAGGACAUGCGUCAGUGUCUGAUCUACGACGGUCCUGAUGCCAACGCUCGUCUGAUCGGUCUGGAGUACAUAGUGACAGAGAAGCUCUUCAUGACAUUGCCUGAUGAAGAGAAGAAGCUUUGGCACACUCACGAGUGGGAAGUCAAAGGAGGGUUCUUGUUCAUGCCCGGUGUUCCUGAACUAAUUCAACGCCAAGAUCUCGAAAAAGUCGCCAAGACUUAUGGAAAAGUUUACCAUUUUUGGCAAGUUGAUUUGGGGCAUGAGCUCCCCAUUGGCUUGCCUAAUAUCAUGAUGGCCGUUACUCGCGACGGCCAACUUUAUCCGGAGAUGGUCAAGGAGACGGAGAAGCGGUUUGGGAUCUCAAUAGACAAGGAGAGAGAGUCGAGGGCUUAUAUGAAGGGACCGGACCAUGGGAUCCAUCCGCUGGCGAACGGAGGAGGCAAAGGGCUCAAGCUGGAGUUGCGAGAGGUUGACAUAAAGCCGGUCGAGUCCGUUCCAAGAGUCUUCGUUUGAGUUUAGUUAUAAAUAGAGAACCUCAAGAGAAGAAUAAAUAAAGAAGCGAUCGAGCUUUGCUUUUGUUUUAUCCCUCGAUCAUGUGUAUUAAGUUGUAAAAGGCACCUGUAUUAGUAAUUAAAAGAUUUUACUUUAAAAGAUAUAUGAUCCCGUCACAAUAAAGCAAGCAAUCGACAAGGCAUGUAUUCAUUAAAGUUCUUCCCCUUUUGUUCAUCAAACGGGACGUAAUCA